UAAUAAUUUAUUUUGGUCAUGACUCGGUAAAAGCGUUGUAAAUUAUUAGUUCGAUAAUUUAAUAUUUUUGCUAAAUUAAUAGAAUUUUGUUAGUUAAUUUAUAGUGGUUUGACUUUAUAACCAUGAAAUAUAAAAGUAAAUUCACUAAAAUGUAUCCCAUCUCUUCAUUUUGAUAAAACAGGGGUGCUGCUAAAUGCAAUUUGCUAAAACAGGGGUGCUAAAUGCAAUUUGAUAAAAAUAAGGGUGCUAAAUGCAAUAAAAUCGAUGGGUUUUUCAGAGUAAAGAAAAGUUGUUAAAGGUUGAGCCUAUCCAUUUGCACGGCCAUGUUGUCUCCUUCAUCGGUGAGCUUCGCGGCGGUAUUACUGGCAGUCAAAGUCAACGGUGGCGGCGAUAGUUUAGGGUUUUAGGGUUUAAUCAAACUCCGAUCAGCUCAUCAGAUACCGAAACCACUAUGAUUCCCAAACUACCAGACGAAUUGAUUAUUGAAAUUCUCGCAAGGCUCCCGGUAAGAUCCCUCUUGAGAUUCAAAUGCGUUUCAAAAUCAUGGCUUUCCCUAAUUUCCAGCCAACAAUUCGUCGAAACCCACCUCUUUAACUCAAAGAAAAACCCUAAUUUCACACACCACAGUGUUAUUCUAACCUGCGAGGGGAAGCUUGAGCGAUCUUCAAUUCCCUCCCUGUUGUCAAACGACGCCGUUUUUUAUGUACUACACUCGGAAUUCGCGUAUGGUUCCGGAGAAAAUCUAGCUUUCGUUGUCGGUUCUUGUGACGGAUUGAUUCUCCUUUCCUGUAACGACAAAGAUUUGUUCUUGUUCAACCCAUCCACAAGAAUCCACAAAAAGCUGCCCCGUUUCGGCGAGAAGAUAAAGCGCGGCCGUCGUUGCAGCCACGGGCUUGGUUUCGAUAAAUCGAGCGGCGAUUACAAGGUUGUGGGGUUGUAUUAUACUGACAAGGACUUGUCCGAGGUGAAGGUCAAAGUUUACAGCUCGAAGAACGAUCGGUGGAAGAGCGACCGAUGGAAGACGAAGACUACGGUCAACCGUUCGAACAUGCGUCGGGUGAGGGGUGAGCUAGGUGCAUUUGCUCACGGGAAGCUGCAUUGGAUUUGUCAUUCUUCGUCGGGGCGUGGAUCGGAAUGGAGCGUUGUUUAUCUUGAUUUAGAGACGGAAGAGUAUGGAGAAUUGCAGAUGCCGAAUUACGAAGAGAACGAAUUAAAAUGUGGAGGCCCGGUGUUGGGAGCAUCCGAAGGAAACCUUUUCGUGCUCGUCGUUUAUCCGAGUAGUGCGGAUAUGUGGAUUAUGGUUGGCGGUUACGAAGGAUCGGGAAACGAGUCUUGGACUAAGGUGGUUACUCUUCCUUAUGAUGGUGGCUUGGUUUAUCCUCCUUACGUUGAUGGCUCGGUUGAACUUCCUUAUGCUGAUGAUUUUUCCGCGUAUGCUAAUAGAUCGCCGUUGUAUAUGCUGUUGCUUUGGUGUUCGUCGAUUGUGGUUUUCGAUGGAAAGGGUUUCACUGCCAGGAGUCGUCAGAUUCGAACCGAUAGCCGAUAUUAUCAAGCCGACACUUAUUUGGAAAGUUUAGUCUCCCCAUUAGGGUGAUAAUCUUCUGUGUUAUUUUAAUAUCUGGGAAUUAUAAUGUUUAAGCACAUGUACCAGUCUUUUUAUCGUCCUUUUUUUUUUUUUUUUUUUUUUUUUUUUUCUUUUUUCGAACUGGCGAUUAGCCUUUGAUGUAUUAGAUGCAGAAUUUCCAAUCGAUCUGUCGAAUAAUAUAGGUUGCGUGGUUGGAUCUUGUGACGGAUUGAUUUGUUUAGCCGUCGGUGUAAAAGAUUUGAUCUUGUGGAACCCGUGCACAAGAACUCGCAAAACCCUGCCCGAUUUCGGUGUGGAAAUAAUCCGCGGCAGUUAUUUCAUUUACGGAUUUGGUUUCGAUAAAUCGAGUAAUGAUUACAACGUUGUGGGGUUUUUCAAUAGCGACAACGACUUGUUUUUCAGUAGUCACGUGGUGGUCAAAGUUUAUAGCUUGAAGAACGAUUGAUGGAGAACGAUCGAGGGUUUCAAGGGUCGUUGGUCGAUCGACGAUGCACUGGAGUGCGUAUUGCGAAUCGGAGAAGGAAUCUGAAUGGAAUAUUAUUUAUCUCGAUUUAGAGACUGAAGAGUACGGAGUGUUAGAGGUGCCGAAUUGUGUGAAUGAAAAAGGUUGUUCUUGUUCGAUGCUGGACGAAUCCGAAGGAUGUCUUUAUGCUCUGUGCGAUUAUCGAGAUAGUGCGGAUGUGUGGAUUGUCGGUGAUUGUGAUGGAUUGGGAAACGCUACUUGGACUAAGGUGGUCAGCGUUUCGUACGUCGAUCGUUUCUUGAAGUCGACCUGUAAAACGGCGUUUCGUGUGUUGAAGAAAUACGGCAAAGUGCUGUUGCUUUGUGGUUCGACGGUUGUGGUUUUCGAUGUAGAGGAUUGCACUAUCAGGUAUCCCGAGAUUAGAAACCAUAAUCAAUUUAGUACAGCCAUCACUUAUUUUGAAACGUUGGUUUCACCGUUAGAUUUAACAUACGUGGAUUCAAAUGUUUAAGCAUAUGUACGAGUCCUUUUGUUAUCGAUUUUUUUCGUUU